AUGAUUACAGAUAUUCCAACGCCGACUCUGUUCAUAAGAGCAACCACCACAACCUUAGCCACAAGUGCAACUUGUACAACGGCAGUGCCAGAUGCAAAUGGCUACGUUCCUCCAGACGCGUGCAACGCCAAUUACGGAUUCUAUCCUCGGUGGGAAGACAAUGUAGCAUUUGCAAUUGCCUUUGGCCUCACGACCGCCGCACACGUCGUACAGUCCAUUGUGCUGAAAAAGCCGUUUGGUUGGGUCAUCAUCAUGGGGGCGCUAUGGGAAUGCUUUUGCUUCAUCCUGCGGACACUGGGUGCGAAGGACCAGCAAAACUCUACAUAUGUUACGCUGUCGACUCUGUUGUUCUUGCUUGCACCGUUAUGGAUAAACGCAUUCGCAUACAUGGUCGUCGCUCGCCUCAUCUACUUCCUCCAUCCGAAACAACAAGCCCUCGGAAUCUCAGCUCGCUGGCUCGCAAAAGGCUUCGUCACUGCAGAUGUCAUAUCAUUUGUCGUCCAGGCCGUUGGUGGUGCCUUGAUGGCUGAUCAGCAUAACGUUGAGAACGCUGACCUCGGACGCAAGAUUUACAUGGUCGGUGUAGGAAUCCAGCUCUUCUUUGUGCUCAUAUUUGUUGUCGUUGUUGUCUCCUUUUACCGCCAAAUAUCUCACGACAUUCGGACCGGCACAUUGAAGAACCGAAAUCGGUGGAUACGUCCGUUGAUUGGAGUUAUUUUUCUAGUUCUUGUUCUCAUCAUUGUACGAAUCAUUUUCCGAUUUAUAGAGUUCAGCGGCGGUGUCUCUUCCUCAAAUCAGAUUCUUCGACACGAGGCAUAUCAGCUGUAUCUUGAUGCGCUGCCGAUGCUUCUUGCGCUUGCGUCGUUGAACUUGAUUCAUCCUGGUAUGGUGUUGAAAGGACCGGAAAGCAGUUUCCCCAAGUCCAAGAUUAAGUGGUGGAAGGGUCGUUCAUCAGCUUUCGAACCACUCGCUCUUCAGUCUUUUGACCGACGCGAGAAUCAUUCUAGCAAUCUCAGUGAGUACCGAUUGGGCGGCUAUCAUCCGGUGUGUAUCGACGAUCGACUCAACAGACGGUAUCGAAUAGUGCACAAGCUUGGUCACGGGGCGUUCUCUACUGCCUGGCUUGCCAUUGAUGAGAAGACGACAAAAUACGUCGCCCUUAAGCUUGGCACGGCGGAUGCGGACCGCACUGAGCUUGGUAUUCUGUCUCAUAUCACACAUAGUCUUGCCAACCGCAGCAUCGGGGAGGGCAAGCCGUCACUAAUUCCAGUCAUUCUUGAUCGGUUUGACUUGACUGGGCCAAAUGGCACUCAUCCAUGUCUCAUCACCGUCCCGGCACGCUGCAGUUUGCAGGACGCAAGGGAGGCAGCAGGUAGCCGCUUAUUUCAGCUUCACGUUGCCAGAUCUCUUGCUGCGCAACUAGUCAUGGCCGUGUCCCUCGUCCAUGAUGCAGGUUAUGCCCACGGAGAUCUCCAUCUUGGCAACCUUCUCUUACAGCUGCCCUCGUCGCUUAACAACUUAUCAAUAGAGCAACUCUACGCACGGUACGGUGAGCCGGAGCAUGAGCCAGUAAUUCGUCUUGACACCGAGACAACAUCAACAGAACCUGGGGUUCCCUUGUACGCCGUGCCAUCAGCAUGGUUGGGCGUACCAAGCAAUAAUAUAACCUUAGGCGAGGCGAAAUUAAUACUUAGUGAUUUUGGGGUUUCUUUCCGCCCGUCCGACAAGACGCGAUUUGAGUCGUACACACCGCUUGUGCUCCGCCCACCAGAGGCGUUCUUUGAACCAGGAACGCCCCUCACGUUUGCUUCUGACAUCUGGAGCCUGGGCUGUGUAAUUUUUGAGCUUCUGGCCCAUAGAUCGCUUAUUGACGGGUUCCUUGCUCCCCAAGAUGAGAUUAUAGCGCAGCAGGUAGAACUGCAAGGACGAAUGCCACCUGACUGGUGGGGAAAAUGGGAAGAGCGGCCGGAGUGGUACGAUGAAGCAGGCAGACCGUUGAGCAAUGCGUCUGACUUUUGGCCAUGGGAACGGCGGUUUGAGCAGUGGGUGCAAAGCCCGCGGCGGUCUAGAGGCAUGGAAACCAUUGGUAAAGAUGAGCAGGAUGCCCUAUUUAAACUUCUGCAAUGGAUGCUCGCUUGGAAGCCAAGCGAACGACCGGACAUAACUGAGGUAUUAAAGGCGGACUGGAUAACAAGAUGGGCUCUACCCGCCUACCAGAAGGGCUUGGAAGAGGGCGCAAACAAUUUCGCAAAUCUCUAUACCCUUCGUAAACAACAAACUCUUGCUCACCAUUAUGCUUAUUGCGUGUUGAAAUCUUCAUAUUGCAGAUUCAACUUUGAUGAUAUACGGCUGCACGGCACGUUUUGA